UGCUUUUCAGAGUGAAUCAGCUACGCACAUGCGUGAGCCAGCCGUUCGGUGCUGCCGAGACAGCCUGUGCGUGUCGGUUUUGGCAAGCAGAAGACGUUUCUUCCAAGGAACAGCCUCCCUGCUGAAUCCAGCCGCUGUCGCUCUGACACAACUGCAUCUCAGGAAGUAGAGAUAGAGACAACAUGUUACAUCUGCACCAUUCUUGGUUGUGUUUCAGGAGCUGGCUGGCUGGGAUGCUGUCUGUGCUGCUAGGUUUGGCGCCAUCAGCUUCCAGCAACAUUUCCACCUCCCGACCGAACAUCCUUCUUCUGAUGGCAGACGACCUCGGCAUCGGGGACAUUGGCUGCUAUGGCAACAACACCAUGAGGACUCCAAAUAUUGACCGCCUUGCAGAGGACGGCGUGAAGCUGACCCAGCACAUCUCUGCCGCAUCUCUGUGCACCCCAAGCAGAGCUGCCUUCCUCACGGGCAGAUACCCUGUUCGAUCAGGGAUGGUUUCCAGCAUUGGUUACCGUGUUCUUCAAUGGACUGGAGCAUCUGGAGGUCUUCCAACAAAUGAGACAACUUUUGCAAAAAUAUUGAAAGAGAAAGGCUAUGCCACUGGACUCAUAGGAAAAUGGCAUCUGGGUCUGAACUGUGAGUCCGCCAGCGAUCAUUGCCACCACCCCCUCCACCAUGGCUUUGACCAUUUCUACGGAAUGCCUUUCUCCUUGAUGGGUGAUUGCGCCCGCUGGGAACUCUCAGAGAAGCGUGUCAACCUGGAACAAAAACUCAACUUCCUCUUCCAAGUCCUGGCCUUGGUUGCCCUCACACUGGUAGCAGGGAAGCUCACACACCUGAUACCCGUCUCGUGGACGCCGGUCAUCUGGUCAGCCCUUUGGGCAGUCCUCCUCCUCGCAGCCUCCUAUUUUGUGGGUGCUCUGAUUGUCCAUGCCGACUGCUUGCUGAUGAGGAACCACACCAUCACGGAGCAGCCCAUGCGCUUCCAAAAAACGACGCCCCUUAUUCUGCAGGAGGUCGCGUCCUUUCUCAAAAGGAAUAAGCAUGGGCCUUUCCUCCUCUUUGUUUCCUUUUUGCACGUCCACAUCCCUCUUAUCACUAUGGAGAACUUCCUCGGGAAGAGUCUCCACGGGCUGUAUGGGGACAACGUAGAGGAGAUGGACUGGAUGGUAGGACAGAUCCUUGACACUUUGGAUAUGGAAGGUUUGACCAACAGCACCCUCAUUUAUUUUACAUCAGAUCACGGGGGUUCCCUAGAGAAUCAGCUUGGACACACCCAGUACGGUGGCUGGAAUGGAAUUUAUAAAGGUGGGAAGGGCAUGGGAGGAUGGGAAGGUGGGAUCCGCGUGCCCGGGAUCUUCCGCUGGCCCGGGGUGCUCCCGGCCGGCCAAGUGAUUGGCGAGCCCACAAGUCUGAUGGACGUGUUCCCCACCGUGGUCCAGCUGGCGGGCGGUGAGGUGCCCCAGGACAGAGUGAUUGACGGCCAAGACCUUCUGCCCUUGCUCCUGGGGACAGCCCAGCACUCAGACCAUGAGUUCCUGAUGCAUUAUUGUGAGGGCUUCCUGCAUGCAGCCAGGUGGCAUCAACGGGACAAAGGAACCACGUGGAAAGUCCACUUUGUGACCCCGGUGUUCCAGCCAGAGGGAGCCGGUGCCUGCUAUGGAAGAAAAGUCUGCCCAUGCUUUGGGGAAAAAGUACUCCACCACGAUCCACCUUUGCUCUUUGACCUCUCAAGAGACCCUUCUGAGACCCACGUCCUCACACCAGCCUCAGAGCCUGUGUUCUAUCAGGUGAUGGAACGAGUCCAGCAGGCUGUGCGGGAACACCAGCGGACACUCAGCCCGGUUCCUCUGCAGCUGGACAGGCUGGGCAACAUCUGGAGACCAUGGCUGCAGCCCUGCUGUGGCCCGUUCCCGCUCUGCUGGUGCCUUAGGGAAGACGGCCCACAAUAAAUGUCUGCAAUGACAAGCUGGA